CCCACUUACCUCAUCCACCUCCCUCCUUGGUCACGAACGCCGGCCUCCGCCUCGUCGCCCCCGUCGGCUAGCAUGACCGCCGCAACCACCUUCCCCGCCCAUGCGCGUCGCCCUUCAGGUUCUAGGGCGGCCUGUGCCCGUGCGAUCUACGCGGUGGCGCAUUUCUAUGAUUACCCAUUGAACCUUAUCUCUUAAUGGUGAUGAAAAUCCUUUUUCAUGUCCUUAGAUUUCUGCCGCGCUGUGCCGGUCACUGAGGAUUUCCUUAGAUUUCAUUCUUGUUAGGUUGUAUGCAUUUUAUCAUACCUUCUCUUUUGGUCGAUUCUGCCAUGAAUUUGAAAAUUGGGGAUUCUAUGAUCACUGUAGCCAAGAUUAUGGAGAAAGGAACAGUAGUUGUACAUCGUAAGUGUUUGCAGUUUUCACUCAAAAGUGACAGGCAAGUGAUUGAUGUUCAUAAAACUACAGGCUGGGAAACAUGUUAUAUUUUUUUUCUGAAUGACUUUCAGAAACUACAUUCUGGUAGUAGGCAGGAAAGCUAAUGAUGGUCCCAUUAGCCUGGCUUUUCUUCUUUCAUAUAAAGCAUGAUUGAUGAAUACUUUAUUAUAUAAUAGUGGGAGAGCGUGGAGCUUUGAUUUGGAAUCAAUUCUUCUUUAUGCAGUCUGUAGAUAACGCUAUCGCUAGGUGAGUGCACAGCCAGCAAAAUAAAGGAAGGUAAAGUCAAAUAGUUUUCUUUUUCCACGAUUGAUGACACCAUUGAUGAUUACCACCAGUCCCAGCACAUUAUAAAUUUCUUUUUCCACGAAGUUCGUCUCCUUCUUUCUGAAGAUCCCAUUUUUCGUGGCAUCAACAGCCUAACUUGUCCUGCAAUAGAUCAAUUCCCUCAGUGCAUCACCCUUCCAUUCAGAUCUCAACAAGCUCAGCCACCACCAGUACAUCCUCUUCUCUUGCCCAUGCAGAUCCUUCUGUCACUGCUCACUGGCAUGAACAAGAGGGAUGGAAAUAUUCUCCUAGGAUCUCUGAGCACUGGGGAUUGUUUUCUGAAGGUCUUCUGAGGCUCUGACUGCAUAAGCAAAUUAAACAACCCCCAAAGCCAAAAGGAUACCACUGCACUGCCUCCAUUGAGCAAAAUGGAGCUUGCUCUUGGUACAGCAAACUGGUUCCUCGGGAAGGUGCUAAACAAGCUUCCAGCAAGUUAGUGGAAGCGUGGGUCGCAAGCUCGGGGCUCAAUGGCAAUAUGGAAGCUAUCAAAAGAAAGCUGUGGUACACACAUGGCAUUCUGCAUGAAGCCCAGAAGAGAGAUGUGAGCGAUAACCAGGGCUUACUGGUGCUGUUGCACCAGUUAUGCAACACAGCUGAUCAGGCAGAGGAUAUACUGGAUGAGUUGGACUAUUACCUCACCCAGGACAAGCUUGAUAACACCCAUGAGGCUGCUGCAGAUGUGCAUGUUGUCCUUGAUGGUUUUACCUUUCAUGCACGCCAUGUUGGUCGCCAUUUUAUGCGUAAAUGGCUCUCAUGCUGCUUGUCUUCUCAUGGAUCUGAACAUGGUAGUGGUGAUGACAGUGGUGGUGAUGAUGUCAACACUAUUACUGGUCCACCUAGGCCACUUUUCAAUAGAGUGAACAUGUCCAAGAGAAUCAAGUUACUGAUAGAGAACAUGCAAGAUCUCUGUGGUCAGGUCUCAGAUCUGUUGAAACUGAACAUUUCCAGCCUUCCGCAGGACAUGGCAGUUGCUUCGCAAUGACCUGUUACGACCUCAAUGUGUACAGAAGUCACACUGUUUGGAAGAGAAACCUUGUUUGAUAAACUGGUUGAUGACAUGACAGCUGGUCAAUAUCACCUUAAAAGACUGUCAAUUCUUCCUGUUGUCGGUCCUCCUGGCAUUGGAAAGACAACUUUGACUCAGCAUUUGUGCAAUGACCCAAGAAUACAGGAACAAUUCUCCAUCAUAAUUUGGAUUUGUGUGUGACUUAAUUUUAGUGUGCACAGGCUCACUAAUGAAAUUUUCAGGUGCACUGAAAAUGAAGGCAGCAGUGGAGCACGUGAACUGACAAAUUUGGAUCAACUUCAAAAAUUAAUUGAAAGAGGAUUGAAGGCAAAAAGGUUUUUAGGCAUCGGAUGAUAUGUGGACUUGCAAAAGUGAGAUUGAAUGGAGAACACUAUUAGCUCCACUCACAAAGGCGGAAGUAGAUGGCAACAUGAUUAUGGUCACAACAAGAUUUCACAAUAUAGCAGAAUUGGUGGAAACUACAAAUCCAAUAAUUCUGGAAGGUUUGGAGCCUAAAGAGUUAUGGAAGUUCUUUCUUGCAUGCACAUUUGAUGACUACAGAACAGAGAAGGACGAGGAUUUACUUGAUAUUGGAAGAAAAAUUGUAGAGAAACUGAAAUUCUCUCCUCUUGCAGCCAGAACUGUUGGUCGAUUAUUGAAGAAAGAUUUCACACGGGAGCACUGGAUGAGAGUUCUUGAAAGAAAAGAGUGGGGAUAUCAAAAAGGCGAUGAGGAUAUCAUGCCGGCACUGAGGAUAAGCUAUCACUAUCUUCCUUUUCAUCUGAAAAAAUGUUUUCAAUUAUGUGCUCUUUUCCUUGAGGAUUAUGAGUUUGAUGGUCUAGAAUUGAUUAAUAUGUGGAAGGCACUGGGAAUUAUUGAUUUAAGUGGUCAAAACACUAGCAUCGAACAAGUAGGGCUGCAAUAUCUUAACACAUUAGUGAACACUGGCAUCUUCAGUAAAGUAAACAAAGAAACAUAUUCCUACUAUGUUGUGCAUGAUUUGUUCCACGAAUUAGCACAAUGCAUUUCAUCAUAUGAUUGCAUGAGAAUAGAUUGCUCCAAUAUUAGAUAUGAAAGCGCCCAAUCAUCAAUCUGCCAUAUAUCAUUCAUUGCACAAGAUAGCACCACCUACAGUGAGGGAUCAGAGUUUUAUGAAAACAUUAGAAAGGAAACAGACAAACUUAAACAAACACUAGAUAUUGGAAAUUUACGUACUUUGUUGUUUAUUGGAAAAUAUACUGCAAGCUUUGAUAAAAUUUUCCAAGACAUGUUUAAAGAACUGAAAGCUCUGCAUGUUCUAAGCUUAGUUUCAAUACCUUCAAACUUUUACCACACAGAUUUUCAAAACUCAUCCACCUUCGUUAUCUUAAAAUCCAGUUACCAUUUGGUUCGGUUACUUCUUUGCCUGACACAAUCACAAGAUUUUAUGACUUGGAGUUUUUCGAUCUGAAGGGGUGGGAUGGUGAUUCUAGUUUACCUAGAGGCAUGAGCCGUCUUGUCAAUUUACGCCAUCUUCUUUCUCAUAAAGAACUGCACUGCAAAAUUCCUGGGGUUGGAAAAAUGAAGUUUUUACAAGAGUUGAGAAAAUUCCAAGUUAGGAAACAUGACAUUGGAUUUGAACUACGUGAGUUGGAAGAAUUGAAAGAACUCGGAGGGUCACUCAGCAUAUGUAAUCUCGAAAAUGUCAAAACAAAGGGAGAUGCUGCUAGAGCUAAACUAAUGUUGAAAGAUAAGCUAGAUAAGUUGAAACUAGUCUGGGAUAGCCAGAGGAACAGGAAGCCAACUCUGGAAGCAGAUGUUCUUGAGAGUCUUAGGCCACAUCCCAAUCUUAGAGAGCUUUGUAUUAAAGAUCAUGGGGGCUCAACAUAUCCAACAUGGUUGCGUGCUGACAGCUCCAUUAAAAUGUUAAAGUCCCUACAUCUACAUGGUGUUUCGUGGACAACUCUACCACCUUUUGGGCACAUGUCACAUCUCAUGGAACUCAAGUUGGAGAAAAUUUCUUCAAUGCAUCAGUUUGGAGGAACUGAAUUUGGACAUAUUACUGAUAGAAGCUUCCAAAAGUUGGCGGUACUUAAGUUGACUGAUAUGCCACAACUUGAAAAAUGGGUUGGAGAAGAUACUCAGCGUUUGUUUCAUCAGCUCAGAAAGCUUGCUAUUACAAACUGCCCAAAACUUACCGAACUAUCUUUCUCAGUUUGCACUGGUUCCUCCCCACAAGAUUCUAACACAACUUGGUUUCCCAAUUUGCGUGAGCUUGUGAUAGAGGCCUGCCCACAGUUGUCUCUACCUCCCCUUCCACAUACUUCAACAAUUGAUCAUGUUAGUGUCCAAACUACAGAAGGCAGCUUCUCCUAUCAUAGGAAGGACCUGGUGAUUGAUGCUUACAACCGAGCUUUGGCUUUCCACAAUAUGCAUAAACUGGAAGAGCUAUAUGCUUGCAAGAUCUCACUUUUGUCACUGACAGGUCUCCAGAAGCUAACUUCCUUGAGAAAAUUGGAUAUAAGGUAUUGUGGCAGUGUGCUAUGUGAUGCUAAUCUGGGCGGAGUUAUUGCCCUUCCUGUUAAAUCUCUCAUGAUUUAUGACUCUGCUAUCACAGGAAAAGAAUUGUCAAACCUUCUCAAAUGUUGCUCUGAUCUUACAUAUUUGGAGGUAUUUGAUUGUCCAAAUAUAACAAGAUUGUGCAGAACACAUGAUUUGGAAAGGGAGGAUGAGGUUGAGGAAGGCUUGCUUUCAUUCCCUUCCCAUCUUUCCAUCUCACUGCUCAAGUUAGAGAUCUGCAACUGUAAGAAACUGUUUCUGCAUCCAGAGGAUGGAGGAAUAGGGCACCUCACAUCCCUCCAGUCAUUACAAAUACAGGGAUGUGACGAGUUAUUGUCAUGGUGGUCCAUGGAAGAAGCGAUUGUCCACAGGCCUUUCCCUACAUUCCUCAGAAAGCUUAUUAUUAGAUAAGUAUCGAGCUUGAAGGCAAUGUAUUUACUGUCAAAUCUCAGAUGUCUUACCCAUCUAGAAAUAGUUGACUGUAAUAAUCUGAACAUUGAUGGGUUUGAUCCUCUCCUCGCUCAAUGCCUCACUAAACUUGUGUUUGUCAACCAUCACGAUUGAUUCUCCUCAGUAACAGCUAAUCUGAUCUCAGCAGUAGCAAGGACAAAGGUGACAGGUUCAAUUCAAUUGGAGGAGCUUAGAAUAGAUAACAUUUCUGAACUUCUGGUAUAUCCCAUUUGCGAGCAUCUCUCUGCCACCCUCCACACCUUAUGCUUUCAAUUUGACAACCGGAUGCAGAUCUUCACAGAAGAACAAGAGCUGGCACUUCAGCUCCUCACCAACAUCCAAAAUCUCUAUUUUAGGGGCUGCCAGAGUCUGCAAUCCCUGCCUGCAGGGUUUUAUCGCCUUUUUUUCCCUUAAGGUGCUACUGAUCGACACAUGUCCUGGCAUUCAGUCACUGCCUAAAGAGGGUCUCCCCACUUCACUUGAACAACUAGAAGUCUACAAUUGCAGUAAGGAGUUGAAGGAACAUUGCAAGAAAUUGAAAGUUGAAAAGCUCAAACUGUACUAACGUAUGGUUGUUAGGGAAGUUCCUGGUCAUAUCUGGAUUGCAACCAGCAAAGAGAGUGGUGAAACUGGCAUCUAUUUGACAGGUUAAGAUCAAGAAAAUGAAGGGGAAUGGAACAUGAAUAAUCCAAAUGGUUAUGCUGGUUGGACUUGGUUCAGAUAUCUGAAGACUGAAGUCUUUAUUUUUUAUAUGAUAUGCUGAGGUAUGCCCAUGCGACAACUGCAGCAGCAACUGCAACCCCAGCUGCAGCUUGUACCAGCAAGGACUUCUGUUUAUUUCCGGAUUUGCACGAGAAAGCAGAGCGAGG